AUGCCUCUAUCAAUAUGCUUGAUGGCUGAUGCUGUGAACUUCUUAAGUAAAGCCUGGGAAGAUGUAACAGCAGAAACUAUACGGCAUUCUUUUCGUCAUGCUGGACUUCGAAGUUUUGCCAAUGCUGAAGAAGAAAUAGAACAAUUUGAGAAAGAAGAUGAUAUAUCACUGAGUGAGUGGAUUACUCAGAUCAAUACUCCGCAUACUUUUACUCCUGAGGAUCUACAAAACUAA